CUAGUAAAAAGUAGAGGAACAAUAAAUUGGAAGAAAAUCAAUUUACUAAAUAAUUAAGGGGAUUUAAAAGCACUAAUUGAUAGAAAGUGACAGGACUGACAUCAUCACAGCCAUACAUUAUAGAGACUGUGGUAGUAAACUAUAGUUUAUAGCUAAAUUAAAGCAAAAUAGAAAAGUAAACAAGUGAAAAUUUGAAUUGGUUAAUGGAAAAAUAUUAAAAAUUACGCAAAAUGUCAGCGUUUACGGAAAGUGUGUUGAUUAAGAAAUUAGGAGACUUGAAUACUAGUUCGCAGUCGAUUCAGACACUAUCACUAUGGCUUAUUCAUCACAGGAAACACAAUGAAAAAAUCGUUUCAAUCUGGAUGAAAGAAUUGUCAAAAGCUCCAGCAAACCGAAAACUUGUAUUUAUGUAUUUAGCCAAUGAUGUCAUACAAAACUCGAAAAAGAAGGGUCCAGAAUUUGGAAAUAGUUUUGCAACAAUUUUGCCGAAAGCAUUCAAGGAUAUAUCCCAUAAAUGCUCGGAUGACAAAACAUUUAAUAGUCUUAGUAGAAUUUUGAAUAUUUGGGGUGAACGUGGAGUAUAUGAUUCAUCGAAAAUUAAAGAGUAUACAUCAAAUUUAAGAGUCACUGGAUCUACAUCGAGUGUAAAAAGUUCUGGAUCUUCGUCUAGUGCUAAAAACUCUGGAUCUGCGACCAAUGAUAAGCCAAAGGAAGAAUUAACGCCUAAAUCAUCAUCGUCAUCAUCAUCACGCAAACGUAAGGCUACUGAUGAACAUGCAUCAAAUACCUCAAAUGGAAGUGAUAAAAAGAGUUCAAAAGUACCGACACCAUCAAAAGCAAAAAUUUUAGAAGUAAAUGGAGAGAAGCAUAUCACAUUAUCGCCUACAAAACAGAUUAUUGGUGAUCCACCUGAACCAGAUGAACUUAUUAAAAUGCUUGAAAGUUUAGAGGAAGCGGCGUCUAGUGAUGCAGCAACAAGAGAGAAAAUUACUCGUUUACCACCCGAAGUUAGCAGUUUAGAUGCUCUCAGUAAACUUGAAGAUAAAGAAGCUGCCGCAAAAUUACAUUUGAAAGUGAACGAGGCUGUUCAGUUGUUGAAGGAUUACAAUUCAAGAUUAGCGGCUGAAAUGAAUGAAAGAAAUAAACUUACAGUCAUGCUGAAAGAUUUUCAGAAAGAGCAACAAGAGCUUUUAGCACAAGCUGAACAAAGACUCGAGGAAUACACAACAAAGCUUGAUAAAGUCAAAGAAGUCCAAAGUGAAAUUAAAAAUCAUUUGGCAAAAUUGCCUGACAUUUCAUUUGCGAAUCUACCCGAUUUUACUGGAAAUUUCGCAUCUCUACCAUCAGCUGCUGACUUGUUUAAUGUGCAUCAUUAGGUUUUAUUUGAAAAUCGUGUAAAUGUCACAUUCUGUUUGUGACCUACACAAAGGACGUAUAAUUUAAGUUUAAAAUGUAAAAAUUGAUAUUAAAGAACUCUAAUCCAGUGAAUAUAUGAAUGAUUCAUGAUGAUAAAAAAUUUGCAGGACCUUGCCAUUGUUCUAAGAACUCUAUAAUUUCAGGAACAUCCGUGUGUGGUGACAUUUUUGCUGAUACUGUCAAUUUGCUGUAUGCAUCACGAUUACACAAAUUUGAGGAACGUUGGAAUGUUAUUGGCUGACGUCCUAGAACUGGAUAUGAUGAAAUAAGACAUACAGAAUCGCCCAUACCUACGCUUGAUUCAUAAAGAUUUCUAUCAUCAACAGGUAAUGACUGAUCAACCUGUUGAUCCAUGCUUAUUGCUAAAACCCAAUCUCGAAUUUCUUCAUGUAAUUUCAUUUCAUGUUUUAAAUGCAUAGACUCAGGAAUGGGAACGGAACUUGGAUAAUCCGUUGAUCCUAAAUCUGUGUGAUCUACUAAAUCACCAGAACCUUCUUCAAUAGCUUCACAAAUGUCCAAAUAAUGAUUUAACAUCACAAAUGCUUCCGAUUCUCUUCCAACUUGUCUCAAAUCCAUUCCUGCUUCAUAAAAUCCUUUAUCGCAUGGAAUAACGUCCGUGUACCUUAAAAGUGCUACAGAAAUUUUCAAUGAUAUGUUUUGUAAGGCUGACACUUGUCUACAUGCAGCUCUGACAGCAUAAAAAUGAGCAAUCAUCAGUAAAUGCUCGAAUUUAUCAACAGCAUUGCUAGUGUCUGGUGUGUCACUUGCCUUUAUUGCUUUUACAACUUGGAAUAAAAAGUUUCUCAAGUCUUUCCAUAAAUUUAAUCCUUCAGGUUCUCGCAGACCAAAACAUUCUGUAGCAAUUCGAUGAUAAACUGUGUAAUUUUGUGCCAAUGCAGGUGCUCCAUACUGUAAAUAUAAAUUAAGUGCUGCUGGUGCCUCACUAUCUCGUAUUAAUUGGGCUGCAUAUUGUGCUAGAUACUUUUGCAAUAUUUGUCCACCAUGUUGCUUUGCCUUCUCUAUACAUCUCGUCCAUUGUUGCUGUUCAGCUAGUAAAUCGAGUGCACUUACAAUAUCUAUGUCUGCAAGCUGUUCAACAUUUCCUUGAUGCUUUAAUUUAAACUUUUGUUGUGACUCGACGUAGUUUAAUAAGGUUGGGUCGAUUUCCUUAGCUAAUCGUCUAGCCUUACUCCAAUUAUCAGACUGAAUAAAUACAUCAACAGCUUCCUUUGGUAGUUCUGCUGCCAAAUAAAGUUGAGCCGCCGGACCAAUUAAAUUUAUAUCCAUGAGCCUUGGUCCAAGUUCCCUAGCAAUUUCAACAGCUUCUUCUCCUUCCAAAAAUUGAUUACAGAUUUCUGCAGCACGAAUUAAGGCACGCUCAACCGACUGUUCUUCAGCAUUCGUUUGGUUAAUUUGCAAUAGACAUUCAGCAGCCUUCUUAAAGUCUUCAUUUCUGGCAUAUUCGGAUGCUUGUUGUAAUAAACUUCGAGAAUCACCGGAAGCGGAACCACGAUUAGAUCGAAUCUGCAUGCGUUUUAGUUCAGCUACUUCUUGUGGCAAAUAUUCUUCAGCAAUACGAAUAGCUUCAUGCCACAUGUUAUAUUCCUUAUAAUGAUUUAUUAUCAAAUCAGGACGUUCUGCACGAAUUAGAAGUGCUUCAUAUUCAUGAUAGUUCCUGGCUUCUAAAGCAGCACCUGCUUGAUUUAUUAAAACUUCAUUGACUGCUUCUGGGACAUGCUUUUCAGCUAUUUUAAUAGCCGACUUCCAAUCUCCACCAUGAACAUGCAUCAUUAUUGCCUCUCUUGGCUUAUUUGCUAGUAAAAAUUCAGUUUCUGCUUCUGGGAACUUCCCUUCAUCCUCAAAUGACAAUGCAAUCUUGUAAUGAACAUCAUCUGCAACCUUUCCAGUUGCUUUACAUAAAUCAAGCGCAAAAUCAAACUGCCCAGAAUCGCAUGCAAAAGUAAUGGAUGUAUCGACUAGACCCAUUUUUGUAAGGAGUCUUGCAGCACCAUCAACUGAUGGCAAAGAUUUUGCCCACAUAUAAGCGACUUGAUUUGACGCACCAUCACUUCCUUUCUGUUUUGAGACUCUAAAAGCUUCCUCAAAUUUUCCAGCUGAGCAGUAAGCAUGAACAGCUGACUUCCAAUCUCCAGCAGCGACAAAGUGAACUUCUGCGUUCUUCAAACGUCCUUUUUCUUCAAGUUGUCGUGCUAAUUGAAGAUGUGUUGCUUCCAAGUGCUCUUUAUGGUAUCUUUCGACGAGUCGAAUCAUUGCAUCAUACAUUUCAACGUUUCUGUACAUCUCAAUAGCUUUAUCUGGUUGACUCAUAAUUAUGUAAACUUUCUCAGCAUCUCUAAACUUCUUGUCUUCUUCCAAUUUUGUAGCAACAUCACCAAAAAGUCUCGUAAUUUCAUCUCCUUCUAAAUAUUGUUCAGCUAUAUCAAAGGACUUUUCCCAUUUGUUGUGUUUGUUAAGCAGCUCUAUUGCUUCUGUGUACAUUUCAGCUCGAACAAGGAUAUCCUCAGCAGUUUCAAUAUCACCAAUGCUUGACAAACGUUCAGCUAGUUCCAUUGCAUACUUUUUAAUCUCUUCUGGCUCAUCCAGAACUUUCAUGAUUUGAACAGCUUUUCUGUACUGUUUUGCACCCAUAGCUGCAUCAAGUGCUUUUAAUGUACAUCCAGCUUCUAUAUAAUGAUUAAUGGAUGCAUCCAACUGCCUUUUCGACACUAAAUGAUCACCCCAUUCUUCUUCAAGUGAUGUUACGUCAUCAGGUGCUACAAUUCGUGCGAUUUCAAUAGCACGUGAGAAUGCAUUGCCUUUCUUAUAAAACUUUGUUGCCAAAUCCAGUUGAUUAGUUUUGUGUGCCAAGUCACCAGCCAGUUCAAACAGUUCAGCACGAACGAGAAGAGAAAUUAUUCUUGAAAUUAAAUCUUCAUUUUGAAGCAACGAUGGCGUUUUGAGAGCUAAUCGUGCUGCCUUGCCUGGCUUAUUAGCUUUCAUGUAUAAAGUUAAUGCUUUAUCUUUCUCACCACGUUCUUCUAAAACUUCACCGGCUUUUUCUUCUUGAUUAGUUGUCAGCAAGUAUGACAUUUGUUUCUCUCUUAAAUCAUAAACACCUGGAUAACCGCGACGUUCUGCCAACUUUAUUGCAUCAUCCCAACGACGUAAUUUAAUGUACAUCUGAAGUGCUGACUCAAUAUCACCUUGAUCAAUAUAAAUUCUCUCAGCAGCUCGUAAAUCUCCACCAAGUAAAGCUAAUCUAGCACGAACUUCUGGACAUUGAAUUUCAGACUGUCCUGUGGAUUCAGCAUAUCGUUCACCAAUUUUUAUAGUUUCAUAGAGAUAGUAAGUUUUCGAGGCAUUAGAAAGUGCUGCGAAGCAUCGAUGUGCAACACGAAGAUUUUGUUGAAUUAGGGCAAUAUUUGCUAAGUUAUGCCACAUUGCCUUUGCUGCUGGUUUAUCGCCAAGAGUUUCAAGAUAAAUUACAGCACGUCCAAAAUCUCCAUCAUUUAAUGCUGUUCCAAACUCAACAAGUCCCUCAUCUAAUGGAUAAAUAUGUUCAGUUGCGCCUUCCUUUGUGUGAACUUCUGUUUUUCCGUCUUCCCUUAUGACAUCAACCACAUCACCUCGUACAGUCAUAAUUGUGACAUGUUCUGGUAGAUCAAUAUUAUACCAAACUGCUAAAUUACUGUCAGUUUGAGCUAGAACAACGUCACUCUUACUAACCCACUGUACAAAUUGUACUUUACUUAAUAACGUCUGCUUCCUUCCAGAUUGGAUAUCCACAACAAUUAGCCUCAUUUUCUUAUCUCGAAAUAAAAGUUUAUGAGCUGUCUCACUUAAUUCAAGCCAAUCUAAUUUUGAGUCAUGAGAGAUUUGCGUGAUGACUGUUUGCAUGAUCAAGUCGACAACACAAAUUGUUUUCAUAUCAAGUAAAUAAGCUAGCUUCUUAUUAUUCGUAGAAGUUCCUCGUUCAUUUAAUCGAACUGAUAUUAAAUGUGGAUUAACAAAUUCAGUCCGAACUGAACCCAAUAUGAAGCUAUCUCCAUACUCAACUAAAGAAAGCUCUCCUGCAUUGAAGAUUAAACAAACAUUUGGAUUCUCAAAGUAAAAUCGUUCAUGACGACCAGUAGCUAUCCAAGAAACUUCACUGGUUAGAGAUCGAGUAAGAUCACAAAGUAUUAAGGAUUCAUCAGUUCUAGCGACUAAAAAAUUGUCCUUUCCCAUUAUACGAACAUCAUCAAUUUCUAAGCCUGACUGUGACUCGACAAUCAUUGAAUUUGAUGGUUCUUGUAAUGAUUUCAAUAGAACUUGACUAGGUGCCACGAAUGUUAUCUCAAACUUGUCUUGCCAAAUUGUUCUCUUAAUGACACUUUCGAAAUAAAAGACACCUCCACAGACAGUUCCUACUGCCAAUCGUGCACCAUCUUUCCUCCAUGAGAGUGCAGUUAUUGAAUAUAAAUUAGCAAUGUCCUUCGAUAAAGCUUCACUCCAUGAGUUUUGACGUGGACUGUAUGUGUAGACUCUAAUGCGAUCAAAACUGCCAACAGCUACACUCUGACCAUUUGGACUACAUGUAGCUAUCAUAAAUUCACGUUCAUUAUCAUCACGUGAAUAAUCAAAUGAUCGUUGUAGACGACCUUGCCAGUCAUAAAAAUUGACUUUCUUAUCACAACCAGCAGCGAUUAUUGCUCCACUAGAACUCCAAGCGAGAGCUGAAGGUGGCACAGAAUGUUGAAAUAAUCGACCAGAUGGUUCUGAAUUUUCUUCAACAAUGUAAAAUCUUAUAACUGAUCCAUCAUCAUGCCCUGAUAUAACUCCCGUACCACGAGCAUUAGAUGCUAACGUAAUUGCCAUAGAUUCAGUUCCAUACAAAUUCUGUGACUUGUUAUUUUUACAAUGAAGUGCUCGAACCCUUCCAUCUUCUAAGCCUGCGAUUAUCAUUCCAGAUGACAUCCAUAUCAUGCAUGCAACUGCAGAUUGCUGCACAAAUUUGUUACAAAUCACCUUUUUGUCAUUCCAAUUAUCACCAAGUUUAUAGACAUAAACAAUAUUGUCACUCUGGGCGACAGCAAGUCUCGUAGAAUCGGGACUGAAUGCAAUACCUCGAAUUACAUAAGAACCUCGACUUGCUGAUGGAUCUCCUGGUUUUGUUGAAAAUUUAUCCUUCCUUUCUCCAUUGUCAUCAAAAAGCAAUACAGUUCGAUCUGAUGUAGCCACAGCCAAUUUUUGACAGUUCGGUGACCAUGAU